AGUGAGGAGAUUCCUGAGUUUUUUUUUUUUUUUUCCUCUUGGAUUCUCAGAAUUUAUUCAAAAAUACAAUUUAAAAUUUACAUUUUUUUGAAAACUGGUGAAGAUCAAAGUUUUCGAUUCUCGGAAAUAAAAGAAGUAAAAAACCAAAAAAGAGAAGUAAACGCCAAUUAUAGUCGAUUUAUUGUUUAGGAAUCCGAGAAUCAUCUCACCAUUAACGAGGCUAUUUAUUUUGUCUUGUUAAUUAGGAGCAAGAUCUUAAAAAGAAGAAUAUCAACGAACCUCAUUCCAAUGUUAAGCAACAAGCAUUUUUCUGUGAGUGAGAGAACUACAAAGGCUCGAACUUUGGCACUUCCUCGUGCUUAGCUUUUGCUUUGGCUGCUACUAGUGUACAAAAACAACAAACAGGGUUUUUUCUUCAAUCAAUGGAGAAUGCCGUUGCUAAAACAUCGAGUCCAUCUUCGAAUAUAUCAGAAAUCAUCUCCAAAUUCGCUAAAGUCUGCAAAUUUAGAUCCAUUGGUGUGUUCCCUGACCAAAAGUCGAAUUCCAACGACCUUUGUGAAGUAGAAAUCUUGGUGGAUGAUAAAGCUAAGGAAACUGAAGUUUGUGAUUUUAAUCACAAACCCUUUACAAAGAUUCAAACUUUUUGUUGGGAUGAUGAUGAGAUAUGGAAGCUUUUCGACAUGGUUUCAGCGCUUAAGCUUGCUUAUGUUGAGUUUCAACAAGCUCAUUUGCCUUAUGAUCCAGAUAAGAUCAUUGAAGCGGACAACCUCGUCGUGUCUCAGCUGGAGGCUUUACGCAGAAUCAAGCGUCUCUACCUCAAAACGAAACAGCUCAACGCGAAGAAGACCGAGUUUGCUGCUUCUUGUUUGAAUGGAUUGAGAGAUGAGAUUGAAGUGAAUGAGAAGGAACUGGAGAAACUUAAGGCACAAGUGAGAGCAAAGGAGAGUGAGAUACACUCUUUGAAGGAAAGAUUAGAUUGUUUGGUUGCAGAGAAUAGGAAACAUGAAGAGAGGAUUGUGAGUGUUUCUUCGUUUCAAUUCGCUUUUCGAGCUGCUUCUAAGGCGGUUCACGACUUUUCGAAGCCAUUGAUCACUCUGAUGAAAGCUACAGAUUGGAAUUUGGACAAGGCAGUGGAAUCUAUAGUUGGAAAUGUAACAUUUGCUAAGACCUCAGAUAAGAAGUAUGCUUUUGAGUCAUACAUUGUUCGGAGAAUGUUUCACGGCAUUAAGCUUAAUCCAUGUGAUGUGACCGAACUAAUGAGCUUCGAUGAUCCAUUGGACGCGUUAACAGCGUUUCCAAAUUCCGCGUUUUCAAGAUUCUGCGGUCAGAAGUAUCUUUUAGUUGUUCAUCCAUCGAUGGAGGCUUCAUUCUUUGGGAAUAUGGAUAUGAGGGGACUAGUUUUACUCGGUAAGCAUCCAAGAACGAUGUUUUAUCACAUCUUUGCAAAAAUGGCAAAGUGGGUAUGGAUUCUUGGAUCGUUUGCAGCUUCUUUAGAUCUUAAAGCAAAGAUCUUUGUGGUCAGAAGAGGAACAAGAUUCUCAGGUGUCUACAUGGAAUCUGUAGUGGGUGAUGAAAAAGAAGAAGGACAAGGCGAUUUAAGCGUUGAGUUCAUCACAAUGCCGGGGUUUAAAAUCGGAGAUUCAGUGUUUAAAUCUCAGGUUUAUCUUUCUAAAACAAAAGAGUAAACAAACCACUCUGCAGAUUCGAUUAUUUCAAUAGUUUCAGGUAAAAAGCUCUGUUUUAUUGAAAGUUUUGUAGGUAAGUAAAAUAAUUCUUUGUCCAAAGAUCAUUUGGUUUGUAUCUUUGUUCACAUUCAAGUUUUGGUCUAUAGUUAACAAAUCCAAGUUUCUUCGUUAUGUGAAACUUAAAAAUA